CAAGUAUCACUGAAUGUCUUCUGCUUCCAUACGUCAGUCACUAACGCCACUUCCUGCAUAUCGUCUCCAUAUCUGGCCUCAGAACGAUGCCCGAGACAUCAAACCCACCGCUCGCUCUUGUUCCGCCGACAAGCCUUUCCGAGCGGAAUAGGGCUACGAUGCCGCUAUGAUUGCGGAAAGAUAACCCGCGAUAUGCUGGCGGCUCUGCUGCAGUUCCGCAGGACAAUAUGUGCAUAUAUACCGGGCCCAAUUGCCAUCUUUCUUCUCAGCCACAACUCAUCCCAGAAUAUCCAUACCACUCUGGAUUUUCUCCACACACCCAAACUCAUCACCCGAACCAUUACCCGAACCACCACCAAACCCACAUCAACCCAACCACAACCUCCCGCCAUGUCUAUCUCAUCUAACCUUUCCUCCUCAUCGAUUUCAACUUUAUCAUCGUCUUCGUCUUCGUCUUCGAUUUCUCUAAACCAGAAUUUCUGCUGGAUUGGACCCUACGCGCCGUACCCGGCCUCCUGGACCGAAGGGCUACCUAGAUAUUCUAAAGAGAUGGAGGCUUUUGAGCUUUACAAGCGGGUAAUGCUGGCCGAGUAUCAGGCUCGCCGGGACAAGGAGAUGAAGGAAGAAGAGCUUCAAAACCGAGUUUCCUACAUGCCCAACGACCACAUGCCCCGAGUCUGGCUCCACGGCGACGUCGUCUCCAUGAACGUCGGCCAAGUCAACAUCUUCAUCGGCACCGGCAACGCUCUCAAGGGCGAGUCUCCCGAUGUCAUCCGCACCAAGGUCACCUCCACCGUCCGUGUCGCUCACUACGGAGAGAUGGAGGCCUUCGAGAAGGCCCUUCUUUUGCAAGAGUACAUGGAGACUCAGAUUUCAAAGCUCACCUGCGAGCUUCGACAGGAAGCUCACGCCCAAGGCCGCAUUAUCUUCCCCUUACAGAUGGUGUCAUACCUCCGAGACGCUGCUACCCUCAUAUACCGCGAGCUCGAAGACUACGGUCUGACCUAUGGCUUCAACCUCGUCAUCUCCAACAGAAAGUCUCAGUUUCACCGAGCUGUGAAGCAGGGUGGCUGCCAAGCUCGAGCAGACAUGGAAGGGAUUGACACGUCUGAUGUUUACUAUGUCUAUCGACAUCUGAUCAGGGACAAGGAGGUGCAUGUGGGCUUGGCCGUAAAUGCUGUCCUUCUUGACAGCCCUUGUUCUCCCAAGAGAAGGUUUCCCACCGCUCUCAAGCGGGGGCUUGCGGCGGUCUGCCCCCACCGUCGCUCGACUGUUCGCCCUGUGGCGUCGACGUUUUAAAAGAAGAAGCAGGUGAUAUGAUGGACAUUUAUCAUUCGAUAUAGUUUGCUACAUUUAGCACUGACAAUAGACUCUCAAUUCAGUAGUCAGCGCGUCAUAUGUAUAUAUGCAAUUCUGCA